CGAGGCACACCACCCACCCCUCAGCACCCGGGGCUGGGCAGGGGAAGGAGGACAGCGGUCUAGGGGCGGCUUUGGCAGCGACAGGGGGAGCCCGGCGCCUUCUUGCUGCCACCUCAGGAGACGGGCGGCAGAGGCGGGUCCAGCGGCUCCAUCUUGCGGCCCCUGAGGGCUCCUUCCCCGCGGCGGGACCGGGCCGGGCGGGGCCGGGACAAGGGCUGGGACAGGGGCAGGGGCUGGCACGGGGACAGGGACGGGGACAUCGCGGCCCCCCCGCCGGCAGCUCAUGCGCAAUCAGCCGCCCGGCGGUGGCGGCCUGAGCAUGGCGCCGCGGGUGCUGCCGCUGCCCAGGCAGCACUCCUUCUGCUCGCCCGUCGUCCCCAACCCCUUCGUCCACCCGGGCCGCCUGAGCGCCGGGGACAAGCUGCGGACUGUUCUUCUGGGGAUUAUUUUGCUACCUCUCCGUGUCAUAUUUAUUACAUUCAUUUUACUGCUGUCAUGGCUGGUUGCAUCAAUUGCAACUUACCGUCACCAUGGAGGAGGAUCUGUGCCAUUAAAAGGAUGGAGAAGGAGGAUGAUCCAGACAAGCCUUUCAUGCCUAACUCGUACCUUGUUCUUCGUAAUGGGUUUCCAAGUGAAAAUAAAAGGGAAAGUGGCAAGUCUGCUGGAAGCCCCCAUCUUCGUUGCAGCUCCUCAUUCAAGCUUUUUUGAUGCCAUUGUUUCUGCCUUAACUGGAAUGCCAUCGAUAGUAUCUAGAGCAGAGAACCUUUCAACUCCAGUAUUUGGCACAAUUUUAAGUUCCCUUCAGCCUGUAGCAGUUUCUCGUCAAGACCCUGAUUCACGAAAGAAUACAGUCGCUGAGAUAACAAAUCGGGCAUUAUCAGGAGGCCAGUGGCCACAGAUACUGAUUUUCCCAGAAGGCACCUGCACAAACCGAUCUUGUCUGAUCACAUUUAAACAAGGUGCAUUCAUUCCACGAGUUCCUGUGCAGCCUGUGCUGCUCCGAUACCCCAACAAGCUGGAUACUGUGACCUGGACAUGGCAAGGCUAUUCAUUAAAAGAGCUAUUUGUAAUGACGAUGUGUCAGCUCUUCACAAGAGUAGAGGUUGAGUUUUUGCCUGUUCAUGUGCCUACUGAGGAAGAAAAGAAAGAUCCCGUUCUUUUUGCCAACAGAGUCCGACAAACCAUGGCAACUGCUUUGAAUGUGCCAGUCACUGAUCAUACUUUUGAAGAUUGCAGACUGAUGAUUUCAGCAGGACAGCUAACUUUGCCCAUGGAAGCAGGGCUGGUGGAGUUCACCAAAAUUAGCAAGAAACUCAACCUAAAAUGGAAUCACGUCAGAGAGCAGUUGGAUACCUUUGCUGCUAUUGCAAGUGCUUCCAAAGGGGGAAGAAUUGGAAUUGAGGAGUUUGCAGAGUACUUGAAGCUGCCUAUUUCAGAUGUCCUCAAAGAGCUGUUUCAACUCUUCGAUAGGAAUGGAGAUGGCACCAUCGACUUCAGAGAAUAUGUAAUUGGUUUGUCUAUUCUUUGUAACCCAGCCAACACAGAAGAGACUAUUCAGAUGGCAUUUAAGCUCUUUGACGUGGAUGAGGAUGGCACUAUAACGGAAAAUGAGUUUGCUUGUAUCAUUCAGUCAGCUCUGGGAGUGCCUGAGCUUGAUGUUUCUAACCUCUUUAAAGAAAUAGAUGCAGAUGAAACUGGGAAGCUGUCCUAUGAUGAAUUCAAAGACUUUGCACUCAAGCAUCCAGAAUAUGCCAAACUGUUUACUACAUACUUAGACCUACAGAGAUACCAGCUAGGUAUGUUGGAAGAAGAUGACAUUCAGCCACCUGAAGCCAAAUACACUCCAGUUGGAAAUGCAGUCCCAGUCUCAGAAACAAGACCAUUGGCAAGAAAUAAAGUCUGUCCUGCAGACAACGAAGGGGAUAACUCAGGUACCUCAGACAAAAAGGAUGACUGAAAACAGUUGAAGAAUUCAUCUUUUGAAUUCUACAGGAAUGUUUUCCCUACCUAUUCAUAAGCACAACUGAUAGAAAAUAGAGAUGAAAGUUAUAAUUAAAAAAAAAAAAAAAGUUUCAUGUUUUUUUUACUUUCAUAUCUGGAAGAGCUAUUCCUGUUUGAGUGUAAGGGAAAAAACACUGUAAUUAUUCUGUCCUUGAUUCCAGUAUCACACCAUUAGGAAUGUUGCUCACUGUCUUCCAAGUUCAUGCUUCCACAAAAGUAACGGAUGUACUAAGAGGGUUAAAAGGCUCCAGCGCUGACAUGACCUCUCACAAUAGAGACUGAGGAGUCCCAAUGUAUAAAAACAGGUAGAAUUUUUGGUGCUGCUCAAUUCUUCUACAUACUUAACAUGUCUUAAGGGAAAAAAUAAUUAUACCAGAGUGUUUUAAUUUUCAAAUAUCCCUUAGACUUUCUUCAGAGAGACAGAAAUUAGUUACAGGAAGCUGAGAGUUGAAGCUGGUGUUUUCUUUUAGCUGUCCUUAGAUUUCCCUUAACUACUUGUGAACUAUAAAGCCUAAGCUUCUGAACAGGACAUGCUGUUUCACUGAUGUUAACAGUAACAACUUUAGGCUUAAAGGCUAGUUAAAGAUGGAAGUGGCUGCAUUUCUAUACAACAAAAAACUAAUCAGAAUUCCAAGAUAGCAGUUCACAGACCACAGGAAAAUGUAGACAAUAAGACCCAAGAAUUAAUGGACUAUUUCAAAAUAAAUAGAAUGUUGCUUGCAAUAACAACUGUUCAGGACCACAUUAGGAGGAACAUUUCAAACCUCAGCAUAUUUUUAUUCUAAUAGUUAUCAACAGAGGAAUGUGACCUUGCUCUGCAAAACUUGAAAGGUAAAUAUGCUGUCAAACCAUAGUUCCAGUAGUUUAUACCUACUCUAAAAUAGUCUCCUAGAAACCGUAUUUGCAUUACUGUGCCAUUACUCAUUAUGGUUGUAGGGUCUGAUUCAAAACCAAGCUCUUUCUGGUCAAUGAUUUGAGUAUGUUUUGCCUCAGUCCCGUCUAGUGCACUGGAAAUUGAGCCUUUUCCUUUUUCUGUCCUUCAUCUGAAUGCACUUUAUACAGCAUUUUAAAUAUAUAGGUAUUUAUGCAGAUAGCUUCUAAAUAAAAACUUGGAGUGUAAUGACAGGAUAUUUUCAAACUAAAAUUGAGGUGAGCAAAGUCUAGAAUGUCUAGUACCAAAAAGAACCUAUUUUCAGGUGGUUUUCAUAUGUGAAAUGUCAAGCUUUGCCUCUAAAUUAUUGUUUGCGUUUUCUGGCUCCAAGUGUAUUGCCAUGUUUAAUCUUUUCUGUAUUUAUAACUGUGCCUAUCCUGAUGUUUCACGUGCUUAAAAUAAAUCUAUAUUUUUACUUGAA